AUGGUGGCGACACACAUCCAAAUAGUUUCCGUCGUGAAGACCGAUGCGAAUCAUCAAUUCGUAAUAUUUCAGCUUCAAAUCUUGAACAUCUUCAGCGUCGGAUUUGUUGAAAAACUUGAUAUUAAUCUUCUUCGAGAUGAUUGUGGCACGGACGUAGUCAUUGCGGACGAGAGAGUAUCUCAUCUGCUCCAAAAGAUGUUCUAUGCACAAUUUGUGCUUGCCAAAAAAGGACCGCUCGCCAAAAUUUGGUUGGCCGCUCAUUGGGAGAAAAAACUCACAAAAGCACAAAUCUACGAGACCGAUGUACCACAAGCGAUCGAAGAAGUGAUUCGCCCGAAGGUCAAAAUGGCUCUCAGAACAGUUGGACACUUUCUACUUGGCAUCGUGAGGAUUUACUCAAAGAAGACUCGAUAUCUACUGGCUGAUACUAAUGAAGCUUAUCUGAAAAUGAAAGUGAAUUUCCGCGAUGGAUUCUCGUUUGAAGCCGAUCUUCCGUUGAAUGCAGAUAUCGAUGAAGAUUUUGCGAAUCUACACGAUGAUUUCAACAUCACGGUGCCGGAAUUCCAUGAUGCCGACUACAAUGAGAAGCUCAUAUUGAACAUGGGUGUAACUGUUGAAAAAGCGCAAUUGAAGCAUGAAAGCAAACUUUCCAUUGAAAUAUCUCUACUCAAUGACGAUAUGGAAGAUAGAAAAUUGGUGUGGGAUCUCAUGCUUGUCGGCUCACGGACGUCCGGAGAUUUUGAAGAAAUUCUCGAAUCGGCAGUCGUUGGACCAAUUAAACAAGGGAGACACAGAUUCAUCUUUGAUGGGAAUCAUCCCAAACUAUCCGAGAGAACACUCAACGCCGACAGAUGCACAUUGAAACUUCUAGGUUUCUAUGGGCAACAAAAGUUCGUGGAAAUCAUCUGCCCCAUUCCAAACACAUCCUAUUCGGCAGAGUCGAGAAGCGAAGAAUCUGGCGGAAAAGGAGGAAAAUCCACUGAUCUGUCUCGUAAAGUGGAAACAGACGAUUUGCGUGUAACCACUUUCCCGAUUUGUUGGACUGUCGAGGAUCCGAUUCAGGAGCCACCAGCUUGUGAGGAGGAUCGAGUUGUCGCCGAGGAGGAUUCGCUUCCGUUGAACUAUGAAUAUGAGGAAGAAGAUGAUGACGAUCACGCGCUCUUGUUCAAUCGACCAGUCGACGAUGAAUCAGCUCCACAAUUCGAAGAAGUCGCUCGUCGACUUCAAUUUGCUCGUGCAGCCUUGCGUCAGAUCCCUCACUACCCAAUAACACCACCGGAAUCGGACGAUGACGCAUAG